AGGGGAAUUUAAACAUGAUGAACAAGUCAACACCUUUUCAAUGAGUCGUGAAAGAAACCGAAAAUUGUAUGUUCCUGAAAGUGACCUCAGAGAGAUACAGAUCCUAGAACAGCCGGCCUGCUGACAGAAGUAUUAAGGAUUUGGCGUGCAGAUAAGAGAUCAAAGAAUAACCCAAGAGCAAAAAAAGAAAAUAUCCACCGAAGGGGGCGUGCGCACUCAUGUGUAAACGUUAACUCCUUGAAAUAUUCCGCUAGCCAGUACGUCGCGCAUUUUCCUAUGCUUUGUGUUCGAGGGAACAUCACAAUUAAACCGUGCAUAGUUUACAUUUUUCACGGAGACGCGAGGAUUACUCAACAUUUUCUCACAGUCGGCGACAUCAGACAGUCUUAUUUAAAAUCAGCGUGUUCAAGUUGAAGUUUACUUUUUGUGGAAGGGAACAUCAUGGCGCGAACACUAUGGAGGAGUUUAAUCUUAUUUUCACUACUCCUCUCUUGUGAAGCUUCCGACUCUGUAACAUUUGAAGUUUUCGAGGAACUCGAACCAGGAACGUUUGUUGGAGAUAUUUCAAACAGUACAACAGUUAAGGCACUGAACGCGAAUGAGAAUUUUAAACAGUUUAUUCUCAGCUUUCAGUUCCUUGUGAAUCAAGUAGCAUUCAGAAUAAACGCGAGUACAGGAAUUAUCCGCACCAAAACUAAGUUGGAUAGGGAAGACUUAUCACUUGUCGACGAUACUUUUCAAACUCAAGUGCGAGUAUCCAAAGGUUUUGGAAUCGUGAAUAUGCCGAUAGCGAUUAAAGUUUUGGAUAUUAAUGAUAACAGUCCAUAUUUUCAGGAAACAGUUCAGAACAUUGAAAUCUUGGAAUCUGCUCCGUUGGGCGCUGAGCUGGAAGUAACGGUUGCCGAAGACAAAGACAUCGGCAGCAACACAGUUCAAAGUUACAAAAUCAUCAGUGGGAACGAGCAGGGUGAUUUUAAGCUAAAAGUUUCUCGUCCUACUUCGGAACUCACGAAAGUCAAACUUGUGGUGGCAAAAAAGCUAGACCGCGAAAAGAACGACAGCUAUUAUUUGGUGAUAGAAGCCAGAGAUGCAGGUAACCCGUCUAGAUUUGCGACCAAAGGCCUCAACAUAACUGUUCUUGACUCGAAUGAUCACAUCCCAAAAUUUAGCAAGGAUCUCUUCACCGGUGAAAUAAGAGAAAAUUCACCUAAUGGGACAUUUGUGCUUCAAGUUAAUGCUUCUGAUAAGGACUUGGGUACGAAUGCCGAAAUCGUCUUUUCUUUAAAAUCUCGUCGACAAGAUGAAAACCUCUUCACGUUGGACGCGCAGACUGGCGAGUUGCGAACUAACGCUGUUUUGGAUUACGAGCUCUCUAAGGUUUACCAGUUGGAAGUUACAGCAAAAGACAAAGGUCCAGACUCAAUCCCUUCAAGUGCUGCUGUUAGAAUCCAGGUUAGUGUAAAAUGUUUACUUACUUAGAGUUAGAGGACUCAGAGUCCAAUCAAGUGAACAAAUGCCAUGUUCGAGGAAUAGGUGGGCUCAUUGUUUUGCAAUUUGUCGCGAUUUUAUUGUUAGGCCAAACAGUCUCUUAAUUUUAUAACUAUACAUCAUUAUGUUGCCUUUCAUCUCUAUUGUCCGUAAAUGGUUGACUUUUUAGUCUUGGUACGCUUAUGUUGAAAUUUACAAAGAGAUUUACAUGUUAUCACAACAGCAGUUGACUGACGUACAAAAAAGUCUGUUGAAAGGUGAACCAGACAAAUUGUUUUCUGAUUACCCCGCUUGCCCUAAACGAAUUGAAACCUCGUUUCUUUGCCUCGGUUCAAGAACUAAAACGUUAGAACAUCUUUUAUUUCUCAAUCUUUCAUUGCUGGAAGCCUGCUAAUUUAAACAAAGACCCUUUGUUAAAACGUUGUCUAAAACUGAGAUACGCGAAAAUGAACAGUUGAUUCUGAAGAAUUCGUUUUGAAUCGCAAACAAGGGUCUCGCGUUAUGUUGCCAUAUUACUUCACUUAGCCUCCUACUCGACUCAGCAAGAAUUAUUGCUUUUAAAGUUAUAAGAAAUUAAAUUUAGAUUAUAGAUCGCUUUAUGAGAUAUUGAGGCAGUAAUUUUUGAUAGUUUUUGUUUUGAGCGAGACUUUAAUAGUAGCGAGAGUCUGUUCUCCAGUAGGUUGUUGAAGUUUGCUGUGUUACGUUUUAAGUUCACUUUUGAUUCCGUAAAUACAGUGUAGAUAGAUUGUGUUUGUAAACGAAAGAGAUAAACAUCAGUCGUUGAUUAACUCUUAUCAUGCGAAUCCUUAAACUUCCCCGCUGUGAGUCCAAUAAUAGCGGUUUAUUAGACACAAUACAGUCUUUUUGGUGACCUGCCUUUGUGAUUAAAAUCCUAAAUAUUCUUUGUCAAACAGCGUAUCACUUUCAAAGAUACACAAUAGCUUUCCAUCAUCUUUUAGAUUAAGCUUUACUGAAAGACUUUUCAUUAUAUAUUGCUAUUAAUCAGAAAUGAAAAGUUAGCAUGUUUCACUAUACUUGCUUGCAACGUGCCUAUUUAUGAUUUAACACCGGCGAUCUAUCUGUAUUUCCUAUCUUCUUUGUGUUUGUCACUAUUGUUUCGAAGGCUUUUCCACAGCGGUCUAAUCCUAAAUGACACCGCUCUUAAGAUUUACAUUCACUUCAAAAAGGCCCAUUGAAACAGACUAAUCGUAUUUGCAUAUGAUUUUCACGAAUGUAAAUACUUUCAACUUGCCUCCGCAAGUCAUUAUAAAACGUUUGUUCAGUGUUUUCUCCUGUUAAAAGCCUCUGAAAUCGGACCGUGUUUAUCGCGAAAGUGUAUGACUUUAGCUAGCAAAUUAACCCAUCUUCAGAGACAGCUGUCUUUUUAUCUCUCAAAGCUUUGGUUAAGAUUCACGUGUGUGGUCCUCUUCCAAGCAUUCCAGCUAUGAUUUUUUAUUAGCGUCUAAAUCACUGAAAAUUAAAAACAUCCGUGCUAACAGAAAUUAAUAAACUUCAUAUUUCCAUGAGUUUUGGUGUAAUUAAAAAAUCCGCUCUUGCAGCCGGAUAUGUUUAAAUUAUGUUUGCUAAUUUUACUGUUUUGGUGUGCUAUUUCAUCUAUUCAUAGAGAACCCUUGAAAUCUGUCCGCCCUAAAAUGUUUGUUUACAUUCAUCACUAAGAAAGUAAAAUAUUUAAAUUGUCUCCAGCGUGGAUCCUGAAAGUUGGGUUCUGUUUCAUUUAUGCUGUUCUCCUCAACAGCCAUUUUCUUGUUCCUCGGUGAAGUCAACCUUGUGGGGUAAUUCAAUUUCAUUCCAAAAUAGUAAAUAUACUUUGUUUUAAUCUCUCUUAAACCAGAUUUCCACUUUAAAAGCUUAGGGUUAUGAGCAGCUUUUAGUGAAUAAAAUAUCCCGUUUAACAAACUAAACAGACCCUAUUCUAAUUAAAUAAUCCAAGGUCACCAGAUUUUUUUGAAAUGAUAAAAAACCUGAGUUAUAAAAUGUUCGGAAGGAAAGAUGAAAAAACUUAAGAAAGAGGAUUUCACCGUUAUGAACAGCUUUAAUUAUUUUUACUUCUAGUCAAGAUAAAUAGAGAUAUCCUAAAAGUUACCAAGCCUUGAUAUCAGGAAAGAAAAAAGGCUUCCAUUUUCUUGUUCUGUUCAAACUCACUCUAAAAAAGUGUUUAGUGCCUUACUGAGCUCUUAUUUGAUUGCUCACACUGAAGAUUUGAUCCUAAAAUUAAAAGCUGGAAGGCUGACCUCAGGAAAGUACUGCUCAGUCGAUUUCAUCUGAAUGAUGACUCUGCACAGGAUUAGUUGGAAGCUAGAACCACAUGACAUCAUUAGCUUGUUCUGUAGGAAAGUAAUGGGGAAGAUAACAGACCUGUUUAGGGUUUUUUGCAGACUCGUAAUUCCAGACACCUCAAGCGCGCUUUACUGAGGAUUUUUAUUAUCAUUAUUUAAGACGUCCACCAUGGUCACUCUAAAAAACCUUAAAAAUGAAUGAUUUCUAGACUACCACAUAACCUUGCUUGUCUUAUUUGUACAUGGAAAAUAUGAUUCAAUUUCUGCAAGUAUAAUAUUUCUUAGUAACAAUUUCAAAGAAAAUGAUGACCCCAACUGUUAGUACAAAUGAGUUCUAGGACUUCCUUGUCAAAUUAGAUAGACUACCCAAGAAUAUGUAGAAGUGCUUAUUAAUAUUCCUCCCUGUGGUUAAAAUAAUAUUUCUUGCUGGAGGCAAGUUUUCAGUUGUAAAUUUUAGUUUGAUGACUCAUAAAAGAAGAUACACAUUUUUGAUACACAAGCCGUGAGUAACGCUCGAAAGGCGUUAUUGGGUUUUGUUCGCUUUUAGUGGCUUUGCAUUUUCUCUAUUAGGUUAUGCGAACGCUAGCAAAACAUCCUAAGUUUGUAGUGCAAUUGAAAAAUUUUGCAUCUUAAUAUUAUGAAUUUAUUUUUUCCGGACCAAAUUCGCGCCUUAAAUGGAGGUUUCAUUGUUUUUCUUGAAUUGGCUGGAAAACAAAAAAUGAAGAUCUAAUAUUGGCAUGUUAUGUAGGAAGUUCGCGUUUUUGGCUUUCUUUUUCGUCAUGAACUCGUUACGCCGAUUUAUUUAAAACAAACUGGUGUGGCGUCAUUGAGAAUGAACACAAAGUUGUUUAUAUCAAGCGAUUCUUUCGCUUUUUGUUGUUUCAUUUGUUUAGAAGCUAUUUGUAAGUUUUUUAGAUGAAUCCUGCUGAUAGCAAUACGUCUUUAGGGUGGUUUUAAAGUGAUAUGUGACCAUGAACCGGCGAGAGCCAAGUGAUUAGUCAUCGGAAUCGCGCCUGAGUAAUUGCAUAACUUUUUGAUUUGUUCAUCUGAAUGACUUCUAAUGAAAGCAAAAGUAUAGAAAGUAAUGAAACAUCAACCAAAACUUGUCUAAUUUACGGAAAUUGUUGAUAUUUAUCAACAUGUACUCCGUUUAACCAGAAUUUUCCUCUCGAUGUUAGGUGCACGUUCACCCACGAAGCCCACACUUGACGCCCGAAAAAAGUAUGAUGCGAUUAUUAUUAAAUCUGCAUAAAAAUAGCUUUGAUAUCUUUUGGAUUCCACGGUUUUGUCUGGAGUGGAAAAUCAAUGAAUUUUCUAACGAGAGCAAUAGGAACAACAGUGAGCAUUGUUUCUAAUACGUUGAGAGUUAAGACCGAAUCUGAGCUUCAAUUGAUAAGCACAACUUUCUAGUCGCUCCGGUACCAGUUUUCCAUCUUUGUUGUGAAGAAAUGCCUAUGAUAUGUUUGUAUUUAAUUUGAGGGUUUUAGUCUCAAGCACGUAGUCAAAUUUUUAAGCUGGCCAGAAAAUAACAAAUAUUGUUCUCGUAGGCCCCGUCCACACGAAGACGAUUGUAAACUCAAGCGCUAGUAAAGGCAAACUUUUUUAUGCGUUUAGGCCUUCCGUCCACACGAAGACGAUGAAAACGCUCACCGUAAACGCAUAAAUUCGAAAACGCUCUCCAAAGUGGACAAAUUUGAAAACGCCGUUUAUGCGUCUUCGUGUGGACGGCCGUAAACGUAUAUUUUCGUAAACGCUGUGAAAACGCUGACGUCAGAUGUCAGCGCCAGUCUCUUUUAUCGAGUGCGUUUCCAAGAUGGCGUACACACGAGUGUUGAGCUGUGUCAUGCUUGCGCUUAUUUCAAGCAUAAUUGCGAGCAUUCAAUUGAAUCAUGCAAUAAUCGAUAUACAGGAAAACUACAAAAGAAGAAGACUAAACCUCUCAAGAUUGUUAUCCACAACUACAAGCACUUUUACUCGAGUAAAACGACUUAGAUGCAGACGUGAGAGCAAAGAGAGAAGAUUCUGGACCAGACCAGGUCGUACAAGCGCCUGAUGGAACAACUUUGCCGGUCAAGUGGUGAUACCAGAAGAGUCAGGAAAGAGAACUUUCGAAUGAGCAUCGUUUUAUGCGUUUACGAGCGUUUUCGUGUGGACGGGUUAAAACGCUACUUAAACGAUGAUCGUUUUCGUGUGGACGGAGAUAAAAGUAUGCGUUUACUAGCGUUUGCGUUUACAAUCGUCUUCGUGUGGACGGGGCCUUAGUUUUCUCUUAAAAUCAAACCAGGAGUUACUGUUAGCGUAAUCAAAACUGUGAACGACUUCGUUUUCGGCUGAUUCCAAUAAACUUGAGUUGCUUUACAAUCAUGAAAGAUAGAAAUAAAUUAUUUGUAAACAUAAAGUAAUCGAUGUUGUAGAAAGAGUAGUGCACCAAAAUUGGUGUUAUUUAGAAUCUCCUGGUGGUCAUUUCGAAUGCUUUUUAGGGAGGAAGUUUGACUUAGCUCUUUCUCGCGCAACUUUGAGAGUAAGCAGUGCCUCCCCAAGCAUUCCCAUGAUGCGAUACGAUAGUUCAACCUGCAUCCAGUCAAGUAAGGGCGCGAGGAAGCUCUCUCAGAAUACCUUGUUCUAUUGGCUAAUGACCCUAAAAGUGAAUGACCCAAAUAAUGUUCCUAUCCGUCAAAACAAUGCUCUGUGGGUGUGUUUUCAGAAGCCAAUGAAAAUAGAGGUUUCUGAGAACUUAAUGAUUCCAGGUCUUGUGUGUAGCCAGGUAGUGAACAAAGUAUGCACUUAUUAGCAUGUGACUUGCUAUUGGUGAAUAGUGGUAUGAGUAGACAGUGCCAUACCAGUGUCGUAAAGGUGGAACAGCACUGGUCUAUUUUAUCCAAUAAACUCUCUGAAAAACUAAAGGACUCCAAACUCGACAUCAGUUGCUUUGUCCACCCCGUUUUCCUCCCAAAAAGCACUGGAGACCGAAGGAGAUGAGCGUUAGAAGUUUGCCAUGCAUUUUAACUCUCAACUCAAACACGUAGGCUCAAACAACGAAGGCCUUGAUUCGUUGAUAGUGCAUAAAUUGCGGGUACACGUGAAAAUAUUUAGGGGAGGGAUUGCUGUACAUAAAUUGUCCCAAGUUACUAUGCUGGUCUUCGUGUUUCCCCAGACAAUUCGACGAAGCGCCUUCAAAAACUUCUUUUACUAACAAGUUAGUUCUUUGACGCUCUUCUAGGUGCUUGACGAAAACGAUAACUCGCCAGAAAUAACCGUGGCCAACUUCUCAGAGGCAUUUGACGGAAAAGGACGGCUUCCAGAGGACGUCCUACUUAAAACUCGUCUUGCUAUGGUGACAGUAAAUGACAGGGAUAGUGGCCAAAACGGUCGCGUGAGGGUCACGCUACAGCACCACAAGCAGGAUUUCGAACUAGCGGAAAUGUUCCCUGGGUCAUACAUACUUGAAGUAAAGAAUCCUUUGAGCCUCGACCGCCACAAGCAAUACAAGAUAAAAAUUGUCGCAGAGGAUCAAGGUCUCCCGACUUCACGGCGGAACAGUCGUGUGUUUGUGGUUAAGUUGGCGGACAGUAACAGAAAUGCUCCCGUAUUCUCUCAGGACGUAUAUAACUUAGAAGUCCGUGAUGACGUCAGAGUUAGUGAAGUGGUCACCAUGGUAACGGCAACUGACGAAGAUCAGGGGAGAAACGCAGAGUUGACAUACAUCAUAGAGAGUUUAUGCAUCGGGAAACUUAACGGGACUGAAGAGGAUAAGAGCAAGUGGUUUUCGAUUGAUCCCACAACUGGUCAUGUGCGCGUUUUGUCCAAGUUGUGGUGUGCUUUUACUCCAUCCUUUCGUAUACAAAUUGACGUGAAGGAUAAAGGUCGCGUGCCUUUUCAUGGAAAAACAACACUUAAUAUUUCCGUUCGGUGUUCUAAACAUUUGUUCAACUUCAGUGUGGCAGAGAAUGAACCUGAAGGGACUGAAGUUGGAAAAAUCCCUUUUUCCAAUGUUAUCCCGGAGAGGCCAGUUCAGAUAAGAUUGCUCUCGGACGCUAAUCAAGAGUUUGCCAUUGAUGAAAAAACGGGCGUCCUGACUACAAAGAGGCUACUUGACCGAGAAGAUGUUGCCUCAUAUUUGCUAACAGCUGUUUUAUCAGAUGGAAGCGCGGAAAUGAAACUCGCAGUGAACAUAAAGAUUGUGGAUGACAAUGAUAACUCUCCAGUGUUCAUAGGUUUAAGGGACCACGAUAACAUAACACUUACAAAACCGGUUUUUAUCGGAGAAACAAUUUUGAAAGUACAGGCUGCGGACGAAGAUUCUGGGUCAAACGGGAAAGUGCAAUACUCCAUUGUUGGUGGGAAUGACAAUCAAGUGUUUCGCAUAAACAAGCGAAACGGGAGAAUCACGCUUCGAAAACAACUGAAUAAGACGUUGUAUAAACUGACGAUCAAAGCUUCGGAUUCUGGUGUCAUUGAAGAAGAGAGUUUUCUCCGCUUAAGCAUCUCCUUCAAGUUCAUAACACCUGCCCCUCCCUCCUCACCCCCAACGACAAAAAAUGUUGGGGUAGUAGAUAGCAGGAAGGGCGGCUUCUUCGAGGAUACGAAAAUGAUCAUUAUUAUCGCGGUUGCUGCGGGAGUCUUGUUAUUGACUAUUUUCCUGACAGCGGUAUUCUGCAUUAGGCACAGGCGCAAAGGACAAAAGAAACCGGAUGAAGUGGGUAAUCGCGGGAGCUAUCAUGAACCAGAUAUCAGUCGCGAGGACGCGCUCAUGGCGUCCAAGAAAAUGUUUCACCAAGCUACCGCUAAACAGCGCCAGUCACCUGGUACACGACAAAAAACAGUCAACGUCUCACCCUACCCUAUUAAAAAGAUACACUCAAUGCCGUAUCAAGCCGCAGGGACAGGGUCUCCCACCGGACCGGUCAAACCGGAUAUGUACUACCCGGUCGAACAGGAGGUGAUAGAGUAUGGUAGCAGUGACGAUGAACUAGACAGUGGACGUGGUGGGAGCUCUCGCUCAAGUCCAUAUUGCACUCACAGUCCACCAUCCAAGAAGAAGGAGAAUUGGUCACACCCUCACGUGCGAUAUAACGCCCCUGCGCCUUACAGGGCUCCUGGUCCUGCUCUUCCCCCAUCCCCUCCCCCUUACGAAGAAGUUGAAAGGCGACCAGCAUUCGUGACUAUUUCAGGAAUCACGCAUUCCACUACGGAUCUCUAGAUACAUGUAUCCUUAACGCACACAUUAGCCUGCGUGGCAGGCAUUCAAAAGGGAAGGGGAAAGGAAUUUGGGCGAGAGACCGUGCGCGAGGGAGAACGGAGUAGAGGUACGCAGUCCUAUUCCUCCCCCACGCGCGCCUUUCGCGCUCACUCUUCUUGCGCGUCCGUAAUCCCCUUAUCCUUCCCUUUUAAACGCCUGCCACGCCAGGGUACACACACACACAAAUUUAAAAGCAGUAUCCUGAGCUUUGGACGCCGCGCUAGUUUCGAACGUCUACAUUAUUUCACCCCUAUCGAUCAUCGCGUUCUUUCUUGAAAUAUUGUAUAUAUACGUCCGUUACUGUUUACAUUCACCCAACUUUCGAUUACCUUAAAAACGAGAGGAAACUGGACCGAGCAUUCGCAAAGUCUUCUGGGAUGGUUACUGGGGACGCGCUGGUCAGCUGUUGGCCAAUUUGUUUUCCUGUCCCCAGUGACAAUCCCAGAAGUCUUUGCGAACGUUAACUUGUUUUGAGAAAUUUAGGUAGGUGAGCCAGCAUGAACUGAAAAAGCUAUUCACCUCAGUUGCUAGAGGCAAACGCCAAAACAAACAUUUAGGUCAAAAGAAAAAAAAACAGCUGAUUUGGAAUUGUACUAGAUUUAUACUGCUAUAUCAGAUAUGUUAUAUCAAGUUUUCUGAGUUUUCUUGUCUCCGGAAAGCGUUAAGUAGAAUGUUAAUAUUUUGUAAGUAAUUCACAAC